CUCAGCUCUCGCGAUACUUAAGCACGGCGGUUGCUGCAGGCGACCCGAGUUCUCGCGAGAUUGCCGGGAGAUGGCGGAGGCGGCCAAGAUGGCGGAGGCGGCGGCGGAGCUGCUGGAGCGGGCGGCCCGGCGAGACGCGGCGCUGGAGGAACUGCGGGCUCUGCGGGUUGCCCUGCAGGCCGUGCCGCCCGCAGCUCUCCGCGCCCGCCUCGGCGAGCACCACCUGGCGGCGCUUUUCGGCCUCCUCGGCGUCAGUGACCGGGAACAGGUGUCCACGUGUGUUUCUAUCCUGGAAAGGCUCCUGCAGGCCCUGGACCCCCUUUACGUGAUCCAGAACCUCAGGGAAGAGCUGCAGAAGGGCCUUUUGCACCCCGAUGACUCCGUGAAAAUCCUCACCAUGUCUCAGGUUGGGAGGAUUGUUGAAGACUCAGAUGCUGUCACMGAAAUUCUCCACAGCCCCGAGCUGUUACAGCAAAUCAUAAACUGCAUUGGUGGAGAGAAAAUAGCAGUGGCUAAAGAGGCUAUCAAAUCUCUGUCAGGAAUAGCCCAGAGCCAGGAGGGCCUGGAGGCUUUGUUUGGGAGCAGUUUGUUGGGUGCCCUGAGGAACGUCAUGGCCACGAGUGACGUUGUUCGCUACAGGGUCUAUGAGUUAAUUGUGGAGAUUUCAUCAGUGUCAGCAGAGUCACUGAAUUACUGUGCAAGCAGUGGAUUAAUCCCUGAGUUAAUUGGAGAGCUGACUGGAGAUGAUGUGCUGGUCAGAGCCACGUGCAUAGAGAUGGUGACCUCGCUGGCCCACACCCCCCAUGGGCGGCAGUACCUUGCUCAGCAAGGAGUCAUCGACAAAAUCUCCAACAUCAUCCUKGGGGCAGAGUCUGAUCCUUUCUCCAGCUUCUAUUUGCCAGGAUUUGUUAAAUUUUUUGGGAAUCUGGCUAUUGUGGACAGUCCCCAGCAGAUCUGUGAGCGAUACCCUGUCUUUAUGGAAAAAGUGUUUGAAAUGGCAGAAAGUCAGGAUCCAACCAUGAUUGGAGUGGCUGUGGACACACUGGGAAUCCUGGGAUCAAAUGUGGAAGGCAAACAGGUUUUACAGAAAACUAGAAGCAGAUUUCAAAAUCUCUUAAGCAAAAUAGGGCACAAGGCCAAGAAUGCCCCCACUGAGUUACGGCUGCGGUGCUUGGAUGCGAUUUCUUCUCUGCUUUACUUGCCUCCAGAGCAGCAGACAGAAGACCUCUUAAGAAUGACUGAAUCCUGGUUCACAUCCUUGUCCAGCCAGCCCCUGGAACUCUUCAGRAGCAUCAGUACUCAGCCAUUCCCUGACCUCCACUGCGGGGCUUUACGGGUGUUCACUGCCAUUGCAAAUCAACCAUGGGCCCAGAAGCUGAUGCUGGACAGCCCAGGCUUUGUGGAGUACGUUGUGGACAGAUCCGUGGAGCCUGACAAAGCUUCAAAGGAUGCUAAAUACGAACUGGUGAARGCCCUGGUGAACUCCAAAACCAUUGCAGAGAUCUUUGGGAAUCAGUAUUACCUGAGGCUCAGGGCUUACCUGCAUGAGGGCCCCUAUUAUGUGAAGGCAGUUUCUACUACAGCAGUGGAAGGAGCAGAAUAAUUCCCUCRGUUCUGGGGUCCCCCUCUGGCAGAACAUGUUCCUGGAACAGGUGUUGAGGUACAAGGUGCAAACACUCUCCACACUGGAGAUUGUCUCUUUAAAGGAAUGGGARGAUAUUUUGACUCUAUUUGAAAUGAGUCAGGAGAGCAAAUUAAAGCCUAUUUGGUAUUUCCCCAUAAAAUGUCAUGGCAGAAGUUGUCUGUGUGCUUCAUGAGGCAGGUAAUCCAGGUGAGCACUUACCAGCUACUGACUGGGUUUUAUUUGGCAGAAUUUAUCAGUCUUUGGUUAAAUUGUUCCUGGGUUUGGUGUUUCUGUUGUGUUUUCUUAGGAGGUUACAGUUCAGUUAAAAAAAAAACCCACCAAAACACCUUAAGGUUUGUAACCUCAGAUGCUGCCAUAAUUUCUAUUCUUUUUUAAUUAUUUUUUUUUUACCUGCCAAAGUUGGCACUUGCAUGGAACUCUGUUCUUUAUUCUGUCACAAUCCUGUUGCUGAAUUGAAUAAGCCAGUGAUGCUGUUCACAUGAGGGAGUAUGGACUGGACUCUCUUUGUUUUCCUGCUGGAUAUGAGUCUUGCUGGAAUAAAUAAUCCUAAAUAUUGUUUACAUUUUAUGCUGAGGAUUAAAAAAAAAAAGCUUUUAGCCCUUUUGAAAACAAAUCAGUGCACUCUGUAGUGGAUCAAACCCAARUGGGAGCUUUGUCUCCCUGGUGGCUGUGCUGUGGGGUGGCAGCUCAGUUUAGUGGCUGGAGCUACUUCAGAACCAAAAAUUGAAUUGUUUACACUAUUUUUAACAGAGGUGGAUUUUUUUAAGGAUUAUUUAAAGAAAUGUAGUAAUUUAGUUACCCGAGUUAGGCUAAAAUGGGUUAGAACAUGAAGCUUUUGUGUCGAAGGGAGUGAAUGGAGUAGGGUAAUGUGGCAUCUUAGGAAGUUGGAAUCUUUUUUUGAAGAUGUCAGAGUUGUGGGAGAAAAUCAGGACUGGCUGGGCACUCCAGUGAUGUGUGAGCUGUCUUUGUCCAUAAACAGAGAUCACAGUGUACUUUAUAUCAAAGGCUCUUAUUAUUUUUGUUGAGAAACAAAUCUGAGGAGUAGCUGGGGGAGCAGAAUAAAACAUGAAGUGACUCCUUUGGGGCUAAUUUUAAUAAUGUGUCAGUCAGGUCUAACUGUGGAUAGAGCUACCCCCAUGUCCCUGUGUUAGGUAGGGGUGCAGUUGGCAUUGCCUGCCAGAAACUGCUCCCAGGAGUCCCCUUGAGCUCAGAGGGGCUGGGGAAGAUCCCUUAGUGUUUGAUAAGAUGUCCAAAUGGAGCUGGUGUGCCUUUUUCACCACCCAAGAGGUACCAGAAUUGUCAUCCCACAUCCCAGUGCUGCUGCUUUCACCCUCAAUGUGCCCAAUAACCCUCUGCCAGUGAGAAAUGCACUGCAGUGUCUCGUGAAUGGAGAGAGCACAGGAGCUUCAUGAAUCCUGCAUCCAGCAAACACAUCAAAGCACUAAAAAGGAAGUGAAAGGAGUGUAGAAGUCCUUAGUUUGCACUUGUUCUGGGCAGUYCAGCUCUGUUGUUUUAGGUGGCUUUGUGUGCUGGUAGCUCUGUAYGAGCCAUAUGCUGAAAUGUCAGUAAAAGAAAUCAAUAUAUAAACCUUCUCUGCAAUUCA